CCGCCACAGAUCACAGAUUAACUGAUUUACCAUGGCAACUAGAGCCGCGUACUUUUCCCCGUCGGAAGCACAAAUCCUCAUGGAGGCAUACGAGGAGGUAAAAGAUAUAAUUAAGAAGAAAGGCAACACCGCCACAGUGAUAAAGCAAAGAGAAAAAGCGUGGCAAAGUAUUGCAGACCGCCUGAAUGCAUUAAACAUGAACGGGCCAAAACGGACAUGGCAGCAGGUCAAAAUCAAAUACAAGAACAUUCUGCAGAAUGCAGUGAAAAAGAAUACCCACAGACAAGGCACGGGUGGUGGGUCACCAAAGGCUGACCUUACCCCAACAGAGGACAUGGCCUUGGAGCUAAAUAAAGGCAGGCCCGUCUUAGAGGGGAUCCCUGGGGGGAAAGAGACGAGCAUAGGUUCCUCCCAAGAUGCCACCCGCUUCAUUCAAGUGUCUGGCAGCACUGUGUUCCUGUUAGAGCCACCAGCACAAGCACCAGACGAUGCUGAUCCAGGUGAAGGCCCCAGUGCAGCAGCAACAGCACAUGAUGGAGACGAUGAUGAUGAUGAGGAGGAGACCAUCUCUCUGGAUUCCAGAAGGCAUGAGGACCCAGAUGCUAUACAGUGGGAAAACCAGCCUGGCAACAUAAGCUCACAAGCUAUCAGAAAGUUGUAUGGCAACCACCUCCGGCGCCAAAUAGAACUGGCAGACAUAGACAUUCAGUACAAGAAGAAAAAAGAUGGAAAAUCUUGCACUGGAGUCCGAAAUAAAAAAGAGGACAAUUAG